AUGAGGUCUCGCCAGGUCAUUCAAGCAAAAGGGAUGAACAGUCUGCUGAGGACUAUUAAGGAGGAAUGGCACGUGAUCACGCUCACACCCGUCAUCAAUAUCCCAAACUCUAUAUUUGUACAGCCUAUAACUUUUCACUUGCCUGGAACUGUCAUUCGUCUCAUGGCAUUCCACAUAAGCUUUCCAUCUGUAAUCGAAGAGAAUUUGCCGGUUUUGUUCAGAACCCGACGACCUGCCACUGCGAACAUUUUGAACGCAUCGAACAGUGCAAUGUAUCCGUAG